AAGGUAUAAAUGCAGUGAGUGAUUGAUCACUCAUCUAGUCUAGUCGUAGGAGGGCUUGAGUUAGCCUCAAGAUGAUUGGCCUGAUUGUUCUCGCACUCUUGGGUGCUGCAGCUGCAGCCCCUACAGAUGACAGGAUUGUGGGUGGCUACGAGUGUUCAAAACAUGGUCAACCCUGGCAGGUGUCUAUCAAUAUUGGCUACCACUACUGUGGUGGCUCCCUCAUCAACGACCAGUGGAUCAUCUCUGCUGCCCACUGCUGGCAGAACCCCUACACACAGAUUGCUGUCUUGGGUGAUCACCACAUCUGGGUGAAUGAGGGCACAGAGCAGUACAUGUCUGUCGAUGCCAUCUACUGGCAUGAGAGUUACGACUACAAGACCCUGGACUUCGACAUCAUGCUGAUGAAGCUGUCCCAUAAAGCCACACUGAACCAAUACGUCAAACCUGUCGCCCUGCCCACUGCCUGCCCCACAGCUGGGGACAUGUGUACGGUGUCCGGAUGGGGGAACAUCUACUCAGAUGAAGUGUUCAACCCGUUCAACCUUCAGUGUGUGAGAGUCCCCAUCAUGUCUGACAAAGACUGUGAAGGUUCCUAUCCUGGCAAGAUCACUGACCGCAUGGUGUGUGCCGGAUACCUGGAGGGAGGCAAAGAUGCUUGUCAGGGUGACUCUGGUGGUCCUUUGGUGUGUAAUGAGGUGCUGCAUGGUAUUGUCUCUUGGGGGCAGGGCUGCGCUCUGCCCAACUACCCGGGCGUUUACACCAAAGUCUGCUCUCUGAUGCCCUGGAUCAACGAUACUCUUACCAGAUACAGCUAGGCUCUGAUCUCCCAUCACAGAGCUACAUGACGGAGGGGAAACCAGAGGUUGAGCGAAAUUGAAGGAGACAGAGACAGGAGAUGUUGGUGGGAAGUGUCAGAAAGAGGAGCAGCAGGAGAGCAGAGGAGGAAGAGAGAGAAACAAACAGAAACCGAGAGAGAGAGAUGGAGAGGGAGAUGUUUAGUCUGGGCACAAUCAAUAAAAUCUAACAUUUUGUGAUGCA